AUGCCGGAUGAAAUUAUGUGCAGGGCCUUCCCAACGACCCUUAAAAGAUCAGCACGGGUAUGGUUCAACAAGCUAAAGCCAGGGACCAUCGAAACCAUUGAAGAAUUGAGUAGGCACUUUGUGGGCCAUUUCAUUGCAGGCCAGUGGCAUAGAAAGCCAACUACCUACCUUCUCACGGUGAAGCAGCAGAAAGGAGAAUACCAUGACUGCGAGAAAGGGAAAAAAAAAAGGGAUGAUAAGAAAGCAGACAAGAAAAGGCCGACCUUGACAACCAAAGAUGAAAAAGAAACCAAGUAUAAAAAACCCAUGGUCAACCAGAAUGAAAGGACGUCUCGUUAUAGGAGCACGAAGAGGUAUGCAAAUUACGUUCCUCUAAAUAUGCCAAUAGAUCAAGUUUUCCUGCAGAUCCAGGAUGAACCAUAUCUGAAGUGGCCACCAAAGUUGAAGUCAGAUCCGAUGCGAAGACCUCGUGAUAAGUACUGUAGGUUCCACAAAGACCAUAGGCAUGCCACAGAGGAUUACUUCGACCUUAAGGAUCAGGUUGAGAAUUUGAUCCGAAUGGGACACAUGCGAAGGUUUACUGUGGGGAAUGACAGAAAUGACACUAAUCUACCAAGAGCAGGCUAA